CUUUGAGCAGCAUACAGUAAAAAGCUGCACAACCAAGAAGUGUAUGUAUGAAAGGAAAGCUUUCGACUCCUGAUCGUCACUCAUCUUCUUUCUGUGUAUGGCUUCGGAGAAUCCGUGCUCGUAAUGCGAAUCGUCCGUGCGAUUUCGAGCUGUAUUCCAAAUAGGAUUCGAGAUGCCCGAUAGGAGGGAAUCUCGCCGUGCCGUCGACGCUAUGGCGUGGAUUUUAGUUUUGGCUGGAUUGUAUUGGUUCGCGGCGUCUUUCUUUCUCGCCAAACGAAGCCUGUCUCAAGUCUCAUCCUGUGACGAGGCUCGUGUUUUACUGUACGAAACGCUUAAACUCGGACAGACCUCCGGGACGGGUUCUGUUGUUCAAAGGCGCCUUGAUAGUAUUCUGUCGUCAUCAGCAUCGAGACGGGGUGGAUGUUGGAUGGAUCGUGUCGUUGACUCCAUGGUUUUUAUUGUUGUCGACGCAUUGCGAUUCGAUUUUGCCCUCUACAAUCUACCCAAAUCAAUCGGCAAACGUUUGGACAAGGCCAAACAUCAUGCGUCGAUUUCAAAGGUGGCAGACCAUACCAUACUGACAGCGUCAGCAACCUCUUACAGUAAGUUGUACCAGUUCGUGGCCGAUCCUCCAACUGUCACAAUGCAACGCCUUAAAGCCCUCACGACGGGAGGGCUACCAACUUUUGCCGAUAUCUCCAGUAAUUUUGGAGGUGGAACGGUAGACGAUGAUUCCUGGAUAAGGCAAGUACUACUCGAACGAAAUUGGGAACGGCGGGGCCUGUCGAGGAACACUAAGGCCGCAUUUGUUGGCGACGAUACCUGGGAUGACUUAUUUCCGAACAUUUUUACCGAAUCGUAUCCGUAUCCAUCAUUCAAUACCCGAGACUUGGAUACAGUAGACAAUGGAUGUCUUUCACAUGUUCCUGAUCUGAUUUCGCGUUUGAGACACUCGGAAAAUUCAAACGAGACGACUACAACGGGUAACGACGAUGAUUUAGAACUAGUUGUCGUCCAUUUUCUUGGUGUCGAUCAUGUCGGCCACACAUAUGGUCCUCAUAAUCAGCACAUGGAUGCCAAAUUGCGCCAAAUGGACGACGCUUUGGCAUCAGUCUUAGACUUUUUGGACUCGUCUGAUUCUUGUCAUGCUGCAAUGAUUUUGGGUGAUCAUGGCAUGACAGAAGACGGCAAUCAUGGAGGUGGAACCGAAGAAGAAGUCAACGCAGCCCUUUUCGUCCACAUGUCCGCUACUUGCCAUGUCAGGGAAUCUGACAAGAACGACGGACCAUCGCGCAUGGAUGCUGGCUUUUUGGAUACAUCUCGACAUUCAGAUCUCGUGCAAGCCGCAUUUUCUUCGAUUCAUCAAAUCGAUCUAGUUCCUACCCUUUCGAUCAUGCUUGGCAUUCCGAUUCCUUACGCAAACCUUGGCAGCCUGGUACCGUCACUCAUACCGUCCCAGUCAAUAGCAGCCAUCACGACUGCACUAGCACUUAACGCUGCUCAGGUUUGGAGGUACUUUACCUUCUAUUCCAAUACAGCCAACAAGUUACCAGGUCUACCUGAGCUAGAAAGCAAACUGGCUAUGGGCAUUAAAAUGUUUGAGGAUGCUUUGCACCAAGACGAUCCAGAAGCGGAUGAGUAUUUCCAAGCCGCGACACUUUUCAAGUUUUAUCUGAGAGAAGCGCUGGAACUUGGACAACGUGUGUGGACUCGAUUUGAUGAUACUGGAAUGACGAUAGGUAUCAUCAUCAUAACCAUUGGGUUGAUAUGUUAUGCAGCCCCUCUGGUACGACCUGAAAAGGUACGAUUGCUUCCAUCGUCACAAUUUUGGGAAGUAAGUGUUACGACGGUGUUCAUGGUCUUUCAGUGUGGGCUCUUGACGUUCAGCAACAGUUAUAUUCUCGAAGAACAGCACACCAUUAUGUUUUGUUUGACUAUUGUGUCGGUGAUUUUGGCAUUGCGAAUACGCAGAGAAUCGGCACACGACAUCAUGUGGCGCGCUGUAUUGCUACUUCCCAUGGCCUCUCGUUUGAACGAAUUUUUUGUCUUUGGACACGGUAUGGAUCCUUCAACAGGAUUGUACGCAGCGCAUAAAACGGAUCACAGUGUCCCUUUGGACUACUUCGGAGGAUUAUGUGGUACUGCUUUGUCUUGCGAAGAGUUGGUGGGAAAAGAGUAGUGUCGAACCAAAUCACAAUGGUUAUACCGCUUCCACUGUCGCUUUAGCCAUCAUUUUUGUCAGUACACCAGGGAUGAUCCUCCGGGCGCUUCUGGCAAACAGAAAUGCCAAAAAAGGGAAAAGAAAAGCGCUCGACGUCAUACCAUUUGAAGGUGUUAGUAUAGAAAUAUUGUUGAAGCUUCUUCUUGCAAUCAUGGCUGUGACGGGGCCCUCUUCGGUGACAUCUCUUGUUCUCUACACCUUUCAAGCAGUUGUUGUGUUUCACUUGUCUG